CUUCUAGAGAUUUCUUCUGUGGGAAUAUAACCAAUAAGGAAAGAGACGGGAGAUAGAUCGUUAGGUUUUCACUCUCAAAAUUAGUGCACGUCAGACACAUGAAAACAGUGAAACCCAGUGCUUAGAGUGCCGGUGCAAUUAUCAUUAAUUAUUGCUCUUCCAAUUGAUAGUUUAAAGGAAUAUAUUUGUUGAAGAAAGGCUUGUGAAUGGAAAGAAUGGCAGGACCUUCGAGUUCGCAGACGCACACGGAGACAGUUCUCGAGGAAGACGUCAAUGACUGUCCACAGGAAGUUCCAACAAUAACUUUAUGCCUCCGUAAACCGAGAUCCAGCAAAAAAGUUCAGUGGACAUCAGGAACAGUUGACAACGAGAACAUGAAUAAGAAGAAAUCAAAAUGCUGCUGUAUUUACGAGAAACCCAAGGACUUUGGAGAGAGCAGCUCGGAGGACAGCGACGACGAGUGUGAACACUGUCAUGGGCACAAGGAGAUCCACAAAAAAACAAUUCCACCACCAAUGGACAACAGCAUAUCAUCGCAACCUGAACCAAUUGUCACGGGUUCCACUUGAAACCUCGUCGACCCCCUAGGACUUAAUUCACCGGACUAAUCUCGCAGAACCUCGCAGUUUUAUCAUGUGUACAAUACAAGUCCACUAGGUUUUACAAUUCAAUGCUCACUUACUUUUGGAAAGCAUAUUCAUUAAAAUUUUAUUAAAAUUCUGUACGUCAUAACUUGGAAAUAAGAUGGUGUUUAAAAAUAUUUAUAUGAUGAAUUUUCUAACAUUAAGAUCGGAACCAGUCGAUUGGAAAUCGUCGGUUGAAAGUAACAACGUUAUCUAGUAAUUUAAUAAAGCCAUUUACUCUCAAUAGAAAAAUUCACUCUGAGACAGAGCAUUCAAUCGAUUCUCCUCAACUCUUCAAUGAUUUAUUAUAUAGUUUGUAAAAGAAAUUAUUAAAAAAGGUGAGUUCACCAUGAUCAUGCAUUUUCCUCUGCACUGGGACAAAAAAUUUUCCUCUCAGUGUCCAAUUACUUCCAGUACUCAUAUAUUUAGAGGCAAUUAAACGAUACCUGCCUGUGAAAUUAAUAACUGUUAAAUAAUCUCUGGUAUUUUCUCUGAAUGUAGUUAUACUGGAGAUAUUUACAGAAUAAUUUGAGAAUAUGAUUGAGAUUCAUCUUUUAUCACUCCAGUAUAUAAUUCCUCGAUGAUAUGAAAAAAUCUAAACCCAAAUAUACUUAAACAAUAUAUUUUUGUGCUCUAUUUAAAGUUAACAUCACGCGUAGCUAAAAUGCUGCGAGGAAAUAAUCAAUUGUUAACGUUUCCUGUAAUUAAAUUUAUUGACGCAACUCUGCAUCUCUGAGAAAAGGGUGAAAAAGAGAAAUCUUACGUGCUAAUCGAAUGUUAUCACUUAUCACUAAUAUCUAUUUACAAAGCUUUAUUCUUAAGUGACAAAAAACGAAAUCCAAUGUAGCACGUAAUAAAUACAUAAAUAAAAAAAACUGAAACAAAUCACUUGAAAAAAAAAAAAAUUAAAUCCAAUCAUUUUGUGUUCUUUACAAGAUGUAUUUAUAGUUAGCCAUGUAGAUCAUUCAUUAAUCACUCGACAGAUUUGAUUUAAUGUGACGAGUAUAAUAAAGAGCCUCGAAAUA